AAAAAAAUUAUAAUAUUAAGCAAGGCAGCUAUCCAGAAAGGCCGAAGAAGCUUCUUUUUCUGCUUCAUCAAAAACCAGCUCUCCCCAGAGCCUAACCAGACUGGUUCUCUCUCUUUCUCUCUCUUCUCACAUUAGCCUUCUUCUUCUUUAUUUUGCUUGUUGUAUUGUAUAUAUUUAAGAUAAGAAGUUCUUAGAGUUUCAGACUUUGAUGUCUACACCUUUGGAACAUGAUUACAUAGGCUUAACAGAGACUUCUCCAAUGGAAAGAAGCUCUGAGAAGAUCUCUUCUUCUUCUUCUUCCUCUUCAACUCACUCCAUUGAAGACAAAGCCAACAAAACUACCAACAAUACUACUCUUAAUCUCAAAGAAACUGAACUGAGGCUUGGCUUGCCAGGUUCUCAGUCUCCUGAGAGAAAAGUCUCUCUUUUUGGGAAAGAUUUGGAGAGUAAUGAUAAAAAUAGUGGUUUUUCUGUAAGCCCUUUGAAGAACUUGGUGUCUGGAGCUAAAAGGGGUUUCUCAGAUGCUAUUGAUGCGUCUAAUGGGAAAUGGGUUUUCCCUAUGAAUGGUAAAUCUGAUGUAGAGUUGGCUAAAGGUGCUGGCUUGGCCUCUUCUAGAGGUUGUUUGGAGAGCAAAAACAAUUCCCAGCAAGCAAAGGUAUCUAUACCUGCCAUGAAAGAGGUUGGUGGUCUUCCUCAGUCUCCAAAGCCAGUUCAAGAUAAAAAGAAUCUUGUUUCUCCUCCAAAUGAGCAUGCUAGUGCUCCUGCUGCAAAGGCACAGGUGGUAGGAUGGCCACCAAUUCGUUCAUUCCGGAAGAAUACCAUGGCCUCUAAUUUGGCGAAGAACAGUGAUGAUGCUGCUGGUUGCCUCUAUGUAAAGGUGAGCAUGGAUGGAGCACCGUACCUGAGGAAGGUUGACCUCAAGACCUACAAAAACUAUACGGAACUCUCAUCAGCUUUGGAGAAGAUGUUCAGCUGUUUUACCAUUGGGCAGUGCAGUUCGCAUGGGCUUCCCGUGCGAGAUGGUCUCACCGAGAGUCGCUUGAUGGAUCUUCUCCAUGGAUCUGAAUACGUCCUGACAUAUGAAGACAAGGACGGUGAUUGGAUGCUUGUCGGUGAUGUUCCGUGGGAGAUGUUCACGGAUUCAUGUAGGAGACUAAGGAUAAUGAAAGGUUCGGAGGCAAUUGGACUAGCUCCAAGGGCCAUGGAGAAAUGCAAGAACCAGACCUAAAAGGAAGAGCAUGGUGAAGACCAAAAACAAACAAGUCUUGAAAACUCCGGAAUUUGAAGGGUGAUGAGUUGAGCACUUUACUCAAGAAUGAAUGAAUUAAUUAUAUAUAUAUAUAU